UUCUCCAGCUGCUGUUUCCAUUCAGAGGCCGGACCUCACACUCACAUAUCAAGAUGGCGCAGCGGGAAGAGGCGGUGAGUGAGUUUGUUGCAGUAACUGAUGUGGACGAGGAGAGGGCCCGGUUUUUCCUCGAGUCUGCCGGCUGGGAUUUGCAGCUUGCUCUUGCCAGUUUCUUUGAGGAUGGAGCAGAAGAUGAUAUUGUUACUCUCCCUCAGUCAGAAAGUGGCUCAGUCUCUCGAUCGACAGGCCCAAGUGAACACAGAGUGACUUCCUUCAGAGACUUGAGGCAUGAAGAUGAAGAUGAGAGUGAUGAGGAAGGGCAGAGGUUCUUUGCUGGGGGGUCAGAACGCAGUGGGCAGCAGAUUGUUGGUCCUCCCAAGAAAAAGAGCACGAAUGAGGUGGUUGAAGACUUGUUCAAGGGUGCUAAGGAGCAUGGAGCCGUUCCAGUAGACAAAGCUGGCCGAGGCCCUGGAGAAUCUAGCAAGUCUAAGCCAUUUGUUGGCGGUGGUUAUCGACUGGGUGCAGCACCAGAAGAAGAGUCUGCCUAUGUAGCUGGAGAAAGGAGAACAUCUGGUAGUUCACAAGAUGUGCAUGUGGUGCUGAAGUUGUGGAAGACUGGAUUUAGCCUUGAUGAUGGUGAUCUGAGAAACUACAGUGAUCCUGGGAAUGCCCUGUUUCUGGAGUCCAUCCGCAGGGGGGAGAUUCCUCUGGAGCUGAGGCAGCGCUCUCGUGGAGGGCAGGUGAAUCUAGAUAUGGAGGAUCAUCGGGAUGAGGACUUCUCCCGACCUAGGCCUGCUUUUAGGGCUUUUGGUGGAGAGGGUCAGAAACUUGGCAGUGCCACACCAGAGUUGGUAUCUGCCCCGAGGAUGGGUGCACAGGAGCAGGCAGCCUCUGAGGCCCAGGCCAGUGCUUCCAUCAGCGUGGACGACUCACAGCCUGUUACCCAGAUCCAAAUCAGACUGGCUGACGGAGGCCGACUGGUGCAGAAGUUCAACCACACCCACAGGGUGUCAGAUGUGCGCCAGUUUGUGGUGAGUGCUCGCCCGGCCAUGGCUGCUGCGGAGUUUGUCCUCAUGACGACCUUCCCCAACAAGGAGCUAACGGAUGAGAGCCAGACACUGAAGGAGGCCAACCUGUUGAAUGCUGUCAUUGUUCAACGGUUAAAGUGAUGGAGCCCCCUCUAGUGGCCUGGUUUUAUCACGGCACUGUUGAGUUUCCUCCGCUUCAGGAAACGCAUGGACUAAAGGACUUCUAAUUCUUUAGCAUUUUUUUUUCCUCUUCAGCAGUUUGUGUUGGUGGGUGACUCUGGAUUAACAAAAUGGAGUUGGGUGGGGGAGGGUAAACUAGGUUGUGUGAGAUGUUCUAAUGGAAGGAGAGAGUUUGCUGUUUGAACGUACUAGGCGAACGUUUAUCCAAAUUGAAAAUAAAGAGCUUUCUAAAGAGUUUUGACAAGCUUUUACCUCUGUGUUUGUCAGACAGCUCAGCUGCUCUGUUUACCUUUUCAUCUUCCUUUUUUUCUGUAUCUUACUCAUUCACUCUCAUUAGAAACUCCACUCUCUCUCUUUCUCUCUCCAUAUUCUUUCUGUAUCAAUGCCAGUAGCCUUACAUCCCAGCACCCAGUCUGAUGGACCUUCAUGUUCAACUGCAAAUGUUGAAGAUGCAAAAAGGUGAAAUAGUCUUUUUUUUUCUAAUAUUUUUGUUCCCUUUUCUUUGAGGAAAAGUUGAGUUGUGUAUUUUAACACUAAACUGGUUUACUUUUUGAAGUGAUAGCUGUCACACCAUAUUGAUUGUGUUGCCUGAAUAUAUGCUAGUAAGAUAACUAAAUAGCUGGUUGUGAGAUGACCACGUUCAUAUUUGGACUCAUUUGCUGCUGGUUAACACACUGGCUGGCAGCCACCUUGUACUCUAUGCAGCGACUUCUUGUACAACUGGAGACACUGCGCGGUUGUGUGGAGCUGUGGUAAACCUGUGAUUAAAAUCCCUCUGUCUAUUGUU